UAAAGUCUCUGGGAUGUGUUGUCCUAUGGCGUGUUAAUAUAGGGCAGGGGUCAUCUUUCAUAGUUGGUAGCUAUUUUUGGACAAUAGAGUGGAGAGAGUAGCCCAGUGGAGGGCGGAACAUGACUUUUUGCACAAUUAUAUGACGAAAUAACAUUUGAGAUAAGCGCUUGCAAAUAGAAUAGGCUGUAACGCAUGUACACACUCUUUGGUUGCUCUCUUUUCCAGCAAUGUAAAGGGCCACUAUAAAUGAGAGUGAUAUGCAGUUUCAUUCAAGGUCGUUAGAGCGCGCCCGCAAUCAAAAACAACUAUAACCCCAGUUUGUUUUUUAUUUUUUACGGUAAUGUUCGGUUGAGGAAAUCUGAUCCCUAUAGGCAGGCCAGUGAAGGCCACGCAUGGACUCACCAGGGUAUAUGAUGCAACGCGUGGCUGGGGGAUUCUUUUCACAGUAGUCAGAACUGGAAAGGAUGUGUCAUCAAAACCUAUCACCUCUCACUUCUUUGGCAGAGUUUCUUCAAAAUCGAUGCUGACAAUGCUACAUUACGCCCUAGUAUACAUGGCAUAUCAUACCAGCAGAUGGCUUCCAAGGAAUGAAAGGUUCAAAUUUCAAAUUAUUAAUGCAGUCUUUGUGGCACUAGUUCUCAUCCCUCAAUUGUUUGUGCUAACCAGGCCCAAAUCCUCUAGAUACUGCCAGCAGCCUCUUCUGAACAAUCUCACUGCCUUCAUUAUCAUGUCCUUCAUGGCAACAGGUUUUGCAGUAACAUUCACACUGAUAGACCCAGUGCCCCAAAGCUUCAGGGCAGCCUACCAUGGGUUUGGACUUGUAUCUUUUGGCCAGGGACUAUGCACCAUCGCCCUGACUCUGACUGCACAACAGUGUGCAAAAACAACUCCUGAGCUGUACUAUUUGUCCCUUAUUCUAUCAUUGGCUUGUAUCCUGAGUACAGCCUUCUUCAUGGUGAAGGGAGGAUUGUGGGUAAAAACCAAUAGGCUACCCAGGCCUUGCCAGAGAGGGAACAAUGGCUAACUAGUCCAACCAGUAUACAGCUGCUCCAGGUUGCAAUUAGAUAUGCGCCAUAGACCCAUCCAUCUAUAAUUGAUGCUGUUUCCAGGCUACCACCAGCAAGCGAUACUGUUGCACAGUAUGGUGACUAGUGUAGUAUGUAGUGAAUUUACAUGUCCCAUUUCCUUAAUUUGAUACACUUGAAAUCAAUCGGUGUGCAUAUGUUUAUUUGCAUUCAAUUACUCCGUAUUGAGUAUCAAAUGAACUAUUAAAAUGGCUACCACUAUUCAUCAAGGGGCAUAUACAUUUUUCAAGUACCCAAUGUUUCUGCUUAAACAUUCCAUCGUUUGAAAUCGCAGUUAAAAAGAAAUCAUCUGUGCAGAAAGGGUUGUGAAAGCUGUAGUUUAUUUCCUUGUGGUAAAACAGUGAUUAACUGUUACAUUAAUUCCAUGUGUGUACAGUAUGUAGAAAAAUGGUGUUUAGGUCCCCAUAUGUAUAAAAAUAAACAAUUGUAAAUCAUU